AGCUGGAGCACAGCCGUUACUUGGACCGCCGGGCCGUGGCCCAGGGGCAGCUGGCGCAAAUAAAGGAGCACAAGCAUCAGGCAGAUCUGGCCAAGCUAGAAGACAAAAGAGAUGGGGAACAAAUACAGAGAUUGAACCAAUUGUACCAACUGGAAAUUCAGAGAGGAAAAGAAAAGGAACAGGAGGAAAAAGUUGAACGCCAGAGGCUGUAUCACGAGUAUGUAGCUCAACAGAAAGUAAUUAAAGCUGAAGAGAAAGAAAAAGAAGACAAAGAUGAUGAUCGGAUUAAGGCUUAUAUUAAAGGAAAAGAAAUGAUGGCUGAUCUGACAAGAGAAAAAGAUGCAGAGACUAAUAGGCUAAUGCAGGAGCGCAACGACAAAGCUGUUGAACAACUAACUGCACAGAUGAAUAGGGCAUGUAAGAUUGAAGAUGAUCGUCUUGCUAGAGGAGCUGCAGAGGUAGAAGACGAAUACCAAAAGAAAACCAAAGAGACAGAAGAAAAAAAAAAGAGUGCCGUUGAAUCUAUUGCUGAACACAGAGCCACUGUGAUGAAGAUGAAAGAGGAAAAGGAGAGAGAGGAAAAAGCAGAGGAUGAGAAGGAUCAUAAUCAGUGGAUGACAGCAGAUCGUAUCUACUUGGAAAUGGAAAAAGCCAAGAAACAAAAACAACAUGAUGCAAGCAUGGAAGUACAGAAAAUUCAGAUCCAGCAAAUGGCUGAAAAGCAGGCAAAAAAACAGCAGGAAAAGCAAGCGGAUUUGGACUACGAUGCUCGGAGAGAAACUGCUUUUCGUAAGGAUCAAGUAUUUCGGCGAUAAAGACAAAAUAUAUCUGACAACUACAGAAGUAUCUCCUAAGGAAUAAGAAGCUAGCCACUGCCUCCUUACAAGUUAUAUGUGCCUGCAAAACCUAUCAGUGCCCAACAGCUGAAGCUAACUCUGGAGCAAGUUACAAGGCAUGCUGUUUGCCAGAACCUGCCUAUACUCAACUUCAGCUCAAGAAACAAGUACCGUAGCUACAGCCAUAGCUUGCAACUGUACCUGUAACUACUCUAGUUUUAUUAUGGAACAAAGCAGUAGAUUCACUUUCUAGGAAGUCAAGCAGUAACAACCAAAGGUAAACUAUCAAUUCAUCUGUACUGUACUCUGAGUAUUGCUAGGCCUCCAGACUUAAUUCAAACCUUAUGUUUUGGCUUAAAAUUCUUAUUGAGCAAAUAAUAAAAUUGAGUAAGCUGUUUACAAGCAUCUGUCUGUAACAAUAAGAUCAAUAUGUUGAGUGUA